AUGAUUUACCUUUUCGUCCUCACCUUCAUGUUUGCCAUGCAGUUUUUUGUCGAUUUGCUUCUACACAGCGUUCGCAUGACGCAACCUAAUUAUAAUAGGUAUUCGUCGAAGUGUGCAGGGGGAGGAGUAUUUCCUUCUUUUCAGCGUUCUGAGAAUGAACAUCACAUCCCUCAUCUGAGCUCUUCUUCCGCCACCGUUUGCCUCAGACCCACCCAUGCAUAUAUACACACACUUGGCUAA